AUGCCGAUGCUUGAGCACGUCCCGUCUGGCUACCACGCCGCCCCCACAUCGGCAUCCUCCAAUACGGGUGUUGAGCUCAAGUCCAAGGCAGGCGACUUCAACUUCACAUUCGAUGCAUUACGGCCGGGACUUUUCCGCACAACUUUCACCUCGCCAAAACACCCUCUUCCACCUCAUCGAGCUACACCAGUACCCGCAAAGACGCUUGGUGCUGCGGACGCGUCUGUACUCUCUUCAAAUGCCACUUCAAAGUUGCUUUCUGUAGACGACGUGACCGCCAAGGUAGAUUGGGAAGGCGGGACACCCAUUGUUUCCUUGACGCUUGCUGGGCAAACUACGCCAAUCCACACAGACCUCCCCUACCGAUCCUACUGCGCUGACGGGCCGGGCGUCUCCCAUUACACCCGCUACAACCAUGGGACGCUGCAUCUCGGUCUUGGCGAGAAGCCAGCACCAAUGGAUCUCUCGAACCGGCAUUUUGUGCUCUCGGCAACCGACUCCUUCGGCUACGAUGUAUACCGCACAGAUCCCCUGUACAAGCACAUUCCAUUACUCAUCAAUGCCACACCAAAUGGUUGUGUGGGUGUCUUUUCAACCUCGCAUGCGAGGGGUUUCUACUCCGUCGGCUCGGAGAUGGAUGGUAUGUGGGGGCGCUUCAAAGUGUACCGCCAAGACUAUGGUGGCCUGGAAGAAUAUCUCCUCGUUGGAAAGACGUUGCCAGAUAUCGUCCGCAUCUAUGCCGAUCUUGUCGGAUAUCCGCUGCUUGUUCCGCGAUGGGCGUUUGGAUACUUAGCCGGUGGCAUGAAGUAUUCCAUGACAGACGACCCGCCAGCGAGUGAGAGCAUGAUGGAGUUUGCGAGAAAGCUAAAGGAAUACGACAUUCCCUGCUCGGGCAUGCAGAUGUCUUCUGGGUACACGGUUGCUGAGACUGAGCCAAAGACCAGAAACGUGUUCACUUGGAAUCGCCAUCGCUUCCCGGAUCCCAAGGGCUGGAUCGAUGCCUACCACAAAGAGGGUCUGCGAAUCAUCGCAAAUGUGAAGCCAUACGUCUUGGGGAGUCAUCCAGAAUACGAGAAGCUCAAAGCGGCUGGUGCCUUCUUCACAGACUCGCUGACUUUGGCACCUGCUGAAGCUCGUCUCUGGAGUGCGGGAGGUGGCGAGAGCGGUGUCGGCGGCCACAUCGACUUUACUUCCAAAGCUGGAUACCAGUGGUGGUAUGAAGGUGUCCGCGAGUUGAGGCGGAUUGGUAUCGACUGUAUCUGGAACGAUAACAACGAAUACACCGUUCCACACGACGGCUGGGAAUGCGAGCUAACCGAACCAAGUCUCCUCCAAGAACCUAAGAGCUCAACAUACGGCAAGAGUAUCGGCUUCUGGGGCCGUGCAUUGAACACAGAGCUCAUGGGCAAGUCGUCUUACGAUGCUGUACUUGAGAUGGAACCCGCAGAACGACCUUUCAUCCUAACUCGCAGCGCCACAGCUGGCACUCUGCGGUAUUGUGCCAGUUCCUGGAGCGGAGAUAACGUGACCUCAUGGACUGGUAUGAAGGGAGCUAAUGCGAUCUCCCUAACCGCCGGUAUGUGUCUGAUGCAAUGUUACGGCCACGACAUUGGCGGUUUCGAAGGUCCACAGCCCAGCCCCGAACUGCUCGUCCGCUGGUGUCAACAAGGCAUCUACAGCCCACGCUUCGCAAUCAACUGCUUCAAAACGGGCAAAGACAACAAUGUCGGCGACGUAAUCGAGCCCUGGAUGUACCCCGAAACCACAGCCCUAGUCCGAGACACAAUCAAGCGCCGCUACCAACUAAUCCCCUACCUCUACUCCCUCGCCCUCCACUCCCACACGACCGCCACACCGCCGCAGCGCUGGACAGGCUGGGGCUACGAGUCCGACCCAGAAAUCUGGAACAACAAGGUCCUCACAGAUGGCGAAACACAAUAUUGGCUCGGCGACGCCCUCCUCAUCGGCGGCGUCUUCGAACCCGGCGCCGAAACAGCGAAAAUGUAUCUCCCCAAAGACGCCUCUGACCCCAACGCCGCCUUCCUCGAUCUCAACAAUGAACCGCGAACAUACUACCCAGCAGGCCAAUGGGUCGACGUCCCCUCAAAAUGGACAACCAGCAUUCCCGUCCUGGCGAAGAUCGGAACCGCGGUCCCCGUCGGCAAAGCCGUACAAACCCUCUCUCAAGGCGAAACUAGUAACCCCGCCAACCUCCCUCUCGAUGACUACCGCGGCGUGGAAAUUUUCCCACCAAAGGGUGAUUCGGGUGGUAAGGUGUAUGCGACGAGGUGGUAUGAAGACGAUGGCGUAUCGCCGCCGCCGGCAAAGAUAUCGGUUUUCACGAUCAAGUAUCAGACGACUGAGACGGAGGUGCUGGUGUCGUACGAGGAGAAGCUGCAGGAGGGUUUUAGGCCGGCGUGGAAGGAGGUGAGCGUUAUCUUGCCGAGGGGGGAUGGGAGGGGUGUAGUGUUCAAUGGGCAGAAUGCUGAGAAGGGGGAGGGUGAUGAAAGUGGGAAGGUGCACUUUAAGGGGGUGGUUGUGCGGUAG